AUGUGGGCAAAACGAUCAGAUCCGUCGUCUUCGAGCAAUUCGUCGAGUAGUCAAGUAAGUAUUUAAUGCUAUUGUUGGAUUUUAGGUAUGAGCAAUGUUAUUGGCCUAAAACAAGGUCCGAAUCUCUAAGAUUUUUACCGAAACUGAUGCCAAUUCUUUUCAGUUUUCUUCCCUCUUCUCCUCGCUAGUCGGGAAAGACAAUUUGGACCGAACCAAGGCCGCUUUAUCAGAUGCCGCCAGUAAAGUUCAAAGUGGUGCAAUUUCGGGUGUUUUCAAGUCCGCCAUGGACUAUAUCGGGCAAUCUGCGACUGGUCCAGGUGCCGGAGGUCUUGAUCAUCCUCUAGUUGGAACGUCAGUUGAAGUUGGCGGGAAGAAAUUCAAGAUUCGCUCGCUUUUGGCGGAAGGUAUGUCAAGUAUAAUAUAAAUUAAUUUUUUUGAUGUUUAGGUGGAUUUGCCUUGGUGUUUUCUUGUCAAGACUCUGAAGGAAGGUGGUAUGCGUUGAAGAGGUUGAUGGCAUGCGAUGCCGAUGCGGCUGAAGCUAUUAUUCAAGAGAUUAAUUUUCUGAAAGAGGUAUAAUAUAAUUUUUGGUCAAAAAUUACCUUUUUUACUCGAUUUUAUGGAAGUUUGGAGUCUAAUAUUAUCUCUUCUAGCUCUCGGGACAUCCCUGUAUACUUAAAUUUGUCGGAGCCGGACAAAUCAAGCAGAACGGACGAGUCGAAUAUCUCCUGUUAACUGAAUAUUGCCCAGGCGGAGCGCUGAACGACCUCAUCCAAAAGGAUGCUCUGACCGCCAAACAAGUUGUGCAGAUAUUCUACGCAGUUUGCUCGGCUGUAAAUUGCAUGCACGACCGAUCUCCACCAAUAACUCAUCGGGAUCUGAAGGCAAGUGCAAUAUUUUGGUUUUUUCUUCGAAGUUUAGGUGAAUUUGAUGGUUGAAAUGAUUGAUAGAGCAAGAAGAUGAUAUGUCUGAUCUUUUUCAGAUUGAAAAUCUCCUAUUCGACGCCAAAGGGCAUGUAAAAUUAUGUGAUUUUGGGUCAGCCACCACAAGUGUUUAUCGACCCGACGAUUCAUGGUCGGUGCUGAAGAGAACUCAACUGGAAGAAGAUGUAGGUUAAAAUGAGCAAUCUUGAUGCUUCACACAGUCUUUUGGGAUCAAGAAUGUAACUGAAAUGGCUUUUUUCAGAUGCAAAAAUUCACAACUCCAAUGUAUCGAGCCCCCGAGAUUUUAGACACAUAUCAGAACUUCCCAAUCGGUCCGUCCCAAGAUUUAUGGGCCUUGGGCUGCAUUCUUGCCUAUAUUUGCUACAGAAAACAUCCCUUCGAGGAUAGCGCCAAGUUGCGGAUCAUCAACGCCAAAUAUUCGUUGCCUCAAGAAGAGACCCCAUACUCAAUUUUCCAUCCGGUUAUUGGUAAGGAAGAGGAUGAAAGAUCUCGGAAUUGAAGUAUUUAGUAGAUGGAAGAUAUCUUGAAGUUAUUUAUUUCUAAUUUUCAGAGAGUUUGCUCCAACCGGACCCCUACAAUCGACCAACAAUUGGAGAUGUGCUUGAACGGCUGGAGGCGAUCGCUGUGGUCCUCGAAGUGGAUCAAACUGCAGCUCCAGUGGAAGGAGUGUUGCCUGAUACGCCCGGUAAAGACAUAAUUUAUUAUUUAAAAGAGGAUUGGGAUAUGCUAAUGGAGAAAAAAUUAGGUUUUGGACUAGAUUUGAUGUUAUCCAUGAAAAAAAUUUAUGUUUUUUGGUUAGAACAGCGUGCGAGAGGGUAAAAUAUAAAGAGUCUAAUGGUUUAAUAUGAAGAUAAUGCUAUUUUCUUCGAUUUAAAAGUAAUCUUGGCCAGGGUUUUAGAGAAAAUUUGAGGUUUUGGACGAAAUUUUAUAUUAUCCAUGGGGGAUAUUGAAGUUUGGGGAAAAAUUUGAUGUUUUGAGUAAAAUACGGGCCGUGGAACGUUGUAUAUUGUUUUUAAAAUUUUAGUUUGGCUUUUAGAAUGCAUUUUUUAUCAAGAAGAAAUAUUUUUUGACUAAAAUUAUAUUAUCCAUGACAUUUUUUUUUGAUAGAAUAUCUGAUUUUUUUGUUAAAAUACGCCAGAAUACACUAUGUUUUUAUAUAAAUCACAAUUUUCAGUCGACCAACCCUCCCGCCCACCACCACCGAGGCCUGCGGCACCUCCAAAAGCCAAGAAAUCAGUCCCGGAAGAUCCAUUUUUGUCAAAUCCAUUCGGCCAAAAGCCCUCACCGGUCAAAGAGAAGCCCCAACGACCUCAGAAACCCCCAGCCGAUGAUUUCUUCUCCUCCUUGGGAUGGUCGGCCGCUCAGCAAGAAUCUACUUCACUGUUUUCGGAGGAGCAAAGAGCUGCUGCAAUUCAACAAGAACAGAAUGCCAUUGGCAGUUUUGGAGCUGAAACGGUGAGUAAGAGUGUAAUAAAGAUUUUUGGGAAGUUUGAGGUUGAAUCGCUUGGGAUUGACUUGAUUUUUGGAGAUUUUUUGAGGUUAGUGCCUAGUGUAAUAUAAUUUUUGAUGAAAAUUGAAAUGAAAUUGGGUUGGAAAAUUAGUAUGUGGUAUUUUUAUUUAAUUAUAUGGUUUUUUGGGCAGUUUGAGAUGGGUUUUGGAGUAGAUUUUUAACAAUUUUUUUGUCUAGUGUAAUAUAAUUUUUGAUUAAAAUUGAAAUGAAAUUGAGCUGGAAAGUUAGUAAAUGGUAUUUUUAUUUAAUUAUAGGAUUCUUGGAAAUUUUGAGAUGGGUUUUGAGUAAAAUUUUAACAAUUUUUUGUCUUGUGUAAUAUAAUUUUUGAUGAAAAUUGAAAUAAAAUUGAGCUGGAAAGUUAGUAAAUGGUAUUUUUAUUCAAUAAUAAGCCCUUUAGAGCAGUUUGAGGUGGGGUUUGAGCAAACAUUUUGAAAUUUUUUAUCUAGUCUAAUAUAAUUUUUGAUGAAAAUUGAAAUGAAAUUGAGCUGGAAAGUUAGUACGUGGUAUUUUUAUUCAAUUAUUAGUCUUUUUGAGCAUUUUGAGAAGGGGUUUUGAGUAAAAUUUUAACAAAUUUUUAUCUAGUGUAAUAUAAUUUUUGUUGAUUUGUAAGGCAGAAAUGAGUUGAAAAAGCUUGUAAAUGAAGCCUAAAUUGUUUUUUAGGCUUUUUUGAAGUGUUUGAGCUAGAUAGAACCCACAUAUUUUGCAAUUUUUUUAUAAUUUUUGUCUAGUGUAAUAUAAUUUUUGUGAAAUUUCGACGAAGAAUUGUUUUAGAUAGGUUGGAAAUGCCCUGUGAAUGUGGGUUUGUCAUUUUUCAGGGAUUGUAAAAUACGACAAGUCGAAUUUUCAAAUAAUUUUUUACAAUUUUGCCUAGUGUAAUAUAAUUGUUCCUAUUUUUUUUGUAUUUUUUCUCUAUUCUUGUAGAACCCACCCGUCCCAAAGCACCAUGAACAACCAGAAAGACCUCCGGUCCCACCAAAUCGCACCGAAUCUCGAAAAGAACAGAAAUUAACUGAUGUGGACUACGAAAGAAUGUACGGAAUCCGGGUCUCGGAAGAGGCCCAAUUCGUCGAUGAAGAAGCGGACAAGUACAAAUUUGAUUAUGAGAAAAAAGAACAGCCAAAGGUUGAAGAAAAACCAACGAGAAAACUCGAAAAUGACCCAUUCGACCUGUUUGAUGGCAAGUUUUUGAGAUUUUUGUGGAUUUUUUGAAAGUUUAGACCGGUUUGGUUUGGAAAAAGAUGGUUUUUGAGGUAAAAUACGGGGAAUGAUCUAUUUUUCGACAAAAAAUUCUGCAGUUUGAAAAUUUUUUUUAUAUUGUAGUAGGCAAAAUUUGAUCAAAAAAUGCGAUUUUAAGCCGGUUUUUGAUGUCUUGAUGAAUUUUGAGGUAUGUAGAAUUAAAUAUAGGUAAAUUUAGGGUAAAAUACGGGCUGCGUUGAAAGUUUUGAGGUGGUUUGGUUAUUUUUCAGAAGCUUUUUAUAUUGUAGUAGGUAUAGACGAAAAUUUUUUUUGGGGUUUUUGACCAAAUUUGGUGUUUGGUAGGGGGCUAUGAUGUUUUUUUGGUUAAAUACGCAAAAAGAAAUAUCUUUAAAGGUGUAUGUUUUACUGUUUUUGAGCAAUUUUUUAUAUUGUAGUAGGCAUUUUUGACAAAAAAAAUAUUUUUUCUUCUAUUUUGUGUGAUUUUUUGUUAAGGUUGGAUUAAUUUGAGGGUAAAAUACGGGUUAAAAACUUGGUUAAUUAAAUUUUUGGGUUCAAAAAAUUAUAUUGUACUUGCCAUCUUAAUAAAAAAAAUUGAUUUUUUGGUCAAUUUAGGGAAUUUCAGAACUUUUCAAUAACUUUUUAACACAUUUCAAGGUAUGAAAAAUCUUUUUCAGCCAUUCCCCGCCCGUCCCAACCACAGAAUCAUCACUCCGCCGCCGACUUACUCGGCGAUUGGCCCAGCGAAAACCCGAGCCAAAUGCGCAGCAAUUCCUCGGUCCCGAACCUGGAGAAAAAGGCCUUCGAUCCGUUCGCCGAAUUCCUAGCCGCAAACGGAGGCCCGCCGGACCUAAAACCAUCGGAACCACCGAAAUCUUUGAACAAUUCCGGCCGCUCCACACCAGCCCAAAGUCAGCAAAAAGGAUUCGGCUCGUUCUUCCAGCCAGCCCAAGGAAUGGGCCCCAAAUUUGGAGAGAAUGCAUUUGACGACAUUUUGAGUCAACAGGGAUUCGCUUCCAGCAAAGUGAACAGUCAGCGAACUUUGGCGGACCUGAAAAGAGAGGAAGAGGUCCAGAACAUGGACCCCAAUCAAAUCAAGGUAAAAUAUUAGUGUAUAAUAAUAGUUAUAAGGCUGAGAUUUGGAACAAAUAGGGAUAGAAGAGUGUAUUUUGAAAUGGGAUAGAAGAAAAUAACGAGAGAUUUUGAUUUUGGACAUUUUUGGGCGAAAAUUUAUAUUGUAGUAGGUCACUUGGGAAAAUUUUGAUGGAAAAUUUUUUCUGGUAAUAUUGUAGAGUGAAAAAGUAGACAAAAAAUUUCUAAAUAGUCUAUCUUGUGAUUUGGUAAAAAAAAUUUUGGAACCUCUCAAGAUUUCUGAGUAAAAAUUUAUAUUGUAGUAGGUCAUCUCGGAAAAAUUUGAUAGAAAGUUUUUGUUGAUAAUGUUGUGGCAUGAAAAAGCAGUCGAAAAAUUUCUAAUUAGACUAUCUUGUGAUGUGGUUAAAUGUUUUUUGGAACUUUUUGAGAUUUCUGAGCAAAAAUUUAUAUUGUAGUAGGUCAUCUCGAAAAAUUUUGAUAGAAAAUUUUUUUUGUUGAUGUUGUAGAGUGAAAAAGCAGUCGAAAAAUUUCUAAAUAGUCUAUCUUGUGAUGUGGUAAAAGAAAAUUUGGAACCUUUCCAGAUUUCUGAGUAAAAAUUUAUAUUGUAGUAGACACCUCUCUUAAUUUUGGUAAUUUUGGUAAAAUCCCGCCGGAAAUUGGCUCAAAAUAGAUCGUGUUGACAAAUAUUGUGAUAUCACGGGAUUAUUAGCGUCCAUUAGGAAGUGUUACGACUUUUUUUGGCGACAUAAAUUAGUCAUUCUUUACGAUUUUGGACCAAAAUAAGAUUUGGCUUAAAAUUCCGAGUAGGAUGAAUGCAUUUGAGAAUUAAGGUUUUGCAAGAAUUAGGAAGGGAUUGAGGAUAAAAUAUGGUAGUUGAGAUCAAACAAACAAGCGAUGUGCUUUUGGGAAAUGAGAUUUUUUUGAAACGGUGUCUGAGACGAAUUUUUUUUUGUAAAAAGAGGAAUUUUGAUCCCGGAAAAAACAAGAAAUGGGCUUAAAAGUUUGCUAGAGAGGCAUACUGUGGAUGACGAAGGAUUGUAAAGAAAUUGGGAGAAAAAAUUAUAUUGUAGUAGGUGAUGUUUGGAAAAAAUUUGGUGUUUUCGAUCAAAAAUAGAGGGUUUUGAGGUGGUUAUGGAGAGAAUAGAGCUCUAGUGGAAUUAUGGACGGCCUAAGAAGGUCAACUUUUAUAUUACAGUAGGAAAAAUUUGAGAUUUUUUGAAAUUUUUGGCAUUUUUUGGGUAAUUUUUGAAAAAAAAAAGUUUGAAAUAGACAGUAAAAAUGGUUGUAGAUUACCAUUAGGAUGCCUUAUGUAAGAAUACGUGCGAUUUUUGAUAUCAUACCGAGUAAAGAACGGCUAAAAAAAGUCUUUUUUGACCGUUUGAAACGUUCCGAUAAUGCACUCCGAUGCAAAAAGACCCUAAAAAUAUAAAAAUUAGUAAGAAUGACCUUUUGAAUUCACGUGAAAAUCAAAGCACAGAGAAUUUUUAUCAUAAAGGAAGUUCCGAUUGUGGGUUUGAUGGGGAUUACGGUACUUUUUUCUGAUAAUUUUGGAAAAUUUUUGGGGUUUUUUGAAAAAAUUUUUUUUGAUUGUGGAUAAAUGAAGUAAAAUUGGUGUAAAAAGGCUUUUUGGAGGAGAUUAGUGCUAUAAUUUGGUAUAUAAAGGUGUUUUGAGGGAUAAAUUUUGGAAAAAUAUUAAUUUGUUACCUAAAAUAAGGCAAAAUUGGCGAUUUUAGGUUAAAAAGCAAUUUGAAAUUUGGAUUUUUUGAUGUAGAAUGGAAGAUUAGGACGUGUAGAGUGUGAUGUAUAAAAAUUCAGAGCCACUGCCUCGGGGGAUUUUUGAGAAAAAAUCGUUUGAACAGAAAAUUUGGAGGGUUUGGGAAAAUUUUGAAAAAAAUGAAAAUUUGACUCGUAUUUUAGGAAAAAUGAAAGUGGUUUUGAGAGAUUAUGGCCUCAGGAGCCUAGGCAUACAUUGAUUUUCAAACAUGAAGCUAAAAGUUUGGUUCAAAACAUCACUUUUUGUCAUGGAUAAUAUCCAAAGUUUUGCUCGUCAAAAAUUUUUCCGUAAACUUGAUGAAAGUUCGAUUUGUCGGAAUCAUAGACCAUUCCCAAAGCUUUCAUUUCCUACGGUCUUCCCCGUCCCCGCCACGAAAAUAUUUUUCAGCUGAAUUUGCCUCGGGCAAUUCACGUGAACCCCGGAAAAGUCAGCUAUUUUGAGCGACUGAAUGCACCCCUCCCGUCUAGCCGCAGUGCGUGGUGAGAGCGUUCGAUACGAUCGCUCGAAUGCAUCGGGCCCGUUCUUUGCCCUCGAGCAAAGAACGGCUCAAUCGGGGACUUGAACUUUUAAAUUUUUUGAUUUUUUUUUUGUUUUUUUGGAGAAAUUUGAUGGAAAUUUUUGGUUUUAAAUUUGAUUUAAGACAUUGAGAGGUAAAAUACGCUUUAUUCAAACGGAGCAAAAAAUUUUUGGAAAUAAAAUACGACUUGAGAAAAAAGUAAAAAAAAAUUUUUUUUAAUUUACUGGUCUAAAAAAGAGUUGUUGAUGUCGAAAAACGUAAAUUGUAGAUCCGAGACUGGACCAAGGGCAAAGAACGCAACAUCCGAGCACUUUUGGGCUCCCUAAAUGACGUCUUAUGGGAAGGUCAACACAAUUGGAAUCAGCCCGGAAUGGGCGAAUUACUAACGGAUGUUAAUGUGAGUUGGUGAAUUUGGAACUUUUAUGUUGUAUGAACGGCUUUGGGCAUCAAAAUUUGCAUAAAAUCUAUAUUUUUGAGAAAAAUUUGAAUAUGCAAAUUUUUGAAAAUUUUUGGGAAAUUUAGAAAAAAUUGCAUUUUUUUAUUGUUGAAAGGUGUUUUUCGAAGUUUUAAGACGUGAAAAUGUUAAUUAUGCAAAUUUUCAAAAAUUUGCAUAUUUAAAAUUUUUUUAGAUUUUUUGAAUUUUUGAUAAUUAAAGGUGUAUAAGACGUUUAUAAAUACUGUUUUUGCAGCUCACAACUUUUUGGAAUUUUUUUGCCCAUUUUUGGCAAAAAAUUUUGAUAUAAUUUUUAAUUUUUUUUUUUAUUUUUUUGGUUAAAAAUAUAGUUGACGACGAAAAUUUUCAGGUCAAAAAGUAUUACCGGAAAGCCUGCCUAGUCGUCCAUCCAGACAAACAAACCGGGAAACCCCACGAAGAAUUGGCACGGUGCAUUUUCACCGAACUCAACGAUGCCUGGAACGAUUUCGAAAGCAAACGAUAG